AUGAAAACUUUGGGCACUGAACUCCCAGAGAAAAAUGAUGCAAGAAGGGUUCCGAAACCCAUGAUGGAGAAAAGGAGACGGGACCGCAUCAACAACAGCCUGGAAACUCUACGUCUCUUGUUGUUAGAGAAUACACGCAAUGAGAAACUAAGGAAUCCCAAAGUAGAGAAGGCUGAGAUCUUGGAGAGUGUGGUUCACUUUCUGAGGGCAGAGCAGGGGUCAGGAAAUGAACUUCCUUCAGUGGGAGGAGGCAAGAAAGCCCAUCUUGGAGGGGAAGAAGGCAGAGUCCCAUUACCCCAGAAGCAUAACCAAAGCUACCAUGAUGGCAUGAGGGCAUGUCUGCUGAGAGUCGGCCACUUUAUUGCAUUGAAGAAUCAGGAGCUGGAGGAGAGCAGAGGAGUGGGCCUGCCCCCUGUCCCACCCUGCUCUCGAGUAUCUGGGGAGACCCUGGUGGCCCCCAAGCCUGGACACCAUGAGCCUCAGCACAACAUUUUCCCCCACGGUCAGCCCACCCCCUACUUCUCCCUGGCUAUACCCUGCCCCCCCACCGCUGGUGCGCUAUGCAACACCAGCAGGAUGGUGGCUGCCCCUAAGCCUGCUGCUGGCCUCAGUGAAGCCGUAUGGAGACCAUGGCCACAAUAG